GAUCAACUGGCAUCGCGGAAACAGCUCAGCAGAGUCUGCUCGGUACUCAUCACUCUCAUGGCAUAUUCAUACCCUUGGGAUUUUCUUUUCUCUUCAUAAAAGUAUUUCCCCACCAAACGGACACACAAGGAAAUGGAAAUCUCCAACCACCACUUAUCUUCCCAUGUGCUGUUAGAGAAACCCGUGAGGCCGCAUCACACUACCAUACUAGUGCGACGAGAUCGGCAAUUGGGACAACCAUCCGAUGCAGAGGAUAAAAGGAUGUGCAUACAGUCAGUUUCUUUCCAUUGUCAUGAUCUCACUUUUUUUUCAUGGUACGCAUGCGAUCAGCGCCCGAUAUGCGCGCGACUGCCCUGCACGCCUUCUACGGAUUGGACCUGACUACCGAGUACACGAAGAACCUUGUACAAUCGUAAGACACUCAUUCUCCUCUUCGCUAAUUCCCUCCGAGGACUCAUAUUUCGUGCAGGACUAUUUUCGCAGCACUUGCAAGCGGAGCGCGUUCCACGUAAACCGUGUCCAUGACUGCAGGUAUUGUAUAAAGGAGUCGGUCCUUGCCCUGUUUAGCGCCGCUGUAGCAAAGUGUGACGUUCAGCGGGAUACAGUCAGCGCAAUCUCACGAUGCGCAUUUAUCUUGGUGUUUGCCAUUCGAAAACGUGCCAAAUCAGCUCACCGUCAAUGAAAUCGGUUUCGCUGUUCAUAAAUUCAAACUUUCACGCGCUGAAAAACGAAACCAAAAUAGUCUCUUGUCAUCAGUUCGACACUCUGCACCUCUUCAAUUCGCAGUGGUGUCAGCUGCAGAUG